GAACGGUGGCGUGCUGCCUUGGGCGGGUUGGUGUUAGACUGUUUUUAGUUGUUCAGGUGAACUGGGAUUCGGAUUGGUUUUAAAGAACACGUAUUUUUAAAUCUCUGGAGCGAUGCCUCAUGUUUUUAGCCCUCAAAGCCUAGAAGACUUGUGUUUCAAAAACAUUGGACACAACAUGGACGAUUUGUGGUGCAAAGACUACAAUGAGAAUUUCCAUGGCAAGGGGGAAUGCUUAUAUCUACUUGGCCCAUUUUCUAACCUCCCCGGCCUCCUCCUGAGCAAGCUGAUCCGGUACCUGAAGAUGCAUGGCCUGCUGAAGAUUGGGCAUCUUCAGCUGCUGCUGGACUUCAGCCUGGUGGACCUGGACCUGUCCCAUGUGAGCAAGAACAUGGGCACUGUCAUGAACACAAUCGUCAAUAGGUGUGUGCACCUGCGCCAUCUGGACCUGUCCGGCAACGUGAAGCUGCCGCUUCAGGGCCAGAUCGCGCUCUUCUCCACGGCCCGCCAGCUGGAGAGCAUCAACCUGGCCAGCACCAACACCUCGGACCGCGUCAUGUCCGUGAUCGGCGCCUACUGCCUCCAGCUCAGGGAGCUGAACGUGGCGCAGUCGGGCGUGACGGACCUGGGCCUCACCUCCCUGAGCACGGCCGCCCUCUCCGAGUCCAGCGGCGCCGGCGCCUCCAUCGUCUCCCUCAACGUGGACGGCUGCAGCGUCUCGGCACAGUCGGCCUACGCCGUCCUCAACACCAUGCCCAACAUCACCAGUCUGCAUCACCCGGAGACGGUGGUGGGCGUCGAGCAGCUGCUGCUGCGCCGGCCGGAGCGAGCGCCGCUGGCCCUCACCGAGCUGCACGGCUCGUCGGCCCUGUCGCACGUCUGCCUGCAGCACUGCGCAGCGCUGACAGACGCGCUGCUGGAGCGGACGCUGGACGCCGGCGGCCUGAGCCGGCUGCGCAGGCUCAGCCUGGAGAGCUGUGACGAGUUCAGUCUGGACUCGGCGCUCCGGCUGGUGGUGCAGUGCACGCUGCUGGAGGAGCUCGGGGACCCGAUGCUGCUCAACUGGCGCACAGGCUCCAAUUUCUGA